AUGCUGUUUGGGGCUGUGGGCCUCCAGGAGAAGGUGGGCAAGGAUACAUGGGAGGAAGAAUUGAGCAGCCUGAGGCUGGCUGUGCUGCCCGAGGACCGGUUGCAGAUGAAGUGGAGGGAUGUGGCAGGCAGUAGCCUUGGCUACCUGGUGCAGGUGAAGCCCAUGGCAGGGGACUCAGAGUUAGAGGUGAUGCUGACCACCAAGACCCCCAAGGCUACAGUGGGCGGCCUGAGCCCCUCCAAGGAGUACACUUUGCAGAUCUUCUCCCUUUCUGGCUCUGGGCGCAUCCUGCUGGCUCAGAGGGAAUUUGUGAUUGAAGACUUGAAGAACCGUGCUAUGGGCAGGACACCAUGGGGUCCACCGCCAGAGCCCACACCUUCCUCAGGGGGAAGCCCAGACCUCAAGUUGACCUCAGAGCCCCAAGUGACUUGGGCCCCCAGUCACAGCCCCCUGGUUCCCACAGGGACCCCAUUCCACUGUGUGCCACCGGUGCCCACCGACAUGGUCUUCCUCGUGGAUGGCUCCUGGAGCGUUGGCCACAGUAACUUCCAGCUCGUCAAAGACUUCCUGGCCAGUAUUGUGUCCCCCUUCGAGAUCAGCCCCCACCAAGUCCAAGUAGGCCUGACUCAGUAUAGUGGAGACCCUCAGACAGAGUGGAACCUGAACUCCUUCAGCUCCAAGGAAGAGGUGCUGGGUGCCAUAAGCCGUCUACGCUACAAGGGGGGCAACACCUUUACAGGCCUUGCCCUGACCCAUGUCCUGGAGCAGAACCUGCGGCCAGCGGCUGGACCUCGUGCAGAGGCAGUGAAGGUAGUGAUCCUGGUGACAGAUGGCAAGUCCCAGGAUGAUGCUCGUGCUGCUGCCCGUGUCCUCAGGGACCUGGGAGCUGAUGUCUUUGCAGUUGGGGUGAAGAAUGCAGAUGAGGCUGAGCUGAGACUUUUGGCAUCAGAUCCGCUGGACCUCACCGUCCACAACGUGCUGGACUUCCCUCAGCUCAACACAUUGGCUGGCCUGCUCAGUCGCCUCAUCUGCCAGUGGGUCCAGGGCAGAGGCCCGCUGAGGGAUCGAGCGGCUGCUCUAGCCCUGGACCCACUCCCUGCCCCUACUGGCCUGGUCCUGACUCCAAUGACUUCCUCCAGCAUCUUCCUGUCCUGGACUCCAGCCCCACAACCACCACUCAAGUACCUGAUCAUGUGGCACCCUUCCAGAGGUGGUGCCCCCAGGGAGGUGGUGGUGGAGGCACCCACCUCAUCUUUGGAGCUACGAAAUCUGACCUCCAGCACCGAGUAUCUGGUCUCUGUACUUCCUGUUUAUGCAGAUGGUGUUGGCGAGGGUCUCCGGGGCCUGGCCACCACAUUACCCCUGUCCCCACCCCAUGUGUUGACCCUGGCCACGGUGACUCCCCAGACCAUCCACCUCACUUGGCAGCCUGUGCCUGAGGCUACCCAGUACCUGGUGCGAUGUUUGCCCAUGCCUCCCAAGGGCAAAGAGGAGACAGAGCUGAGGGUGGGGCAGCCAGAGGUGCUGCUGAGUGGUCUGCAGCCUGGCCGCUACUAUACCAUCUCCGUGCAGAGCCUGCGUGGGUUGGAGGCCAGCAAGGCUCAGAGUGUGCAGGCCAGGACCUCCCUGCCCCCUCCAGCACACCUGGACUUUGAGAACGUGUCCCACGACUCAGCCCGAGUGCUCUGGGAUGGUCCCCUUCAGCCUGGGAGCCUCUGCAGAGCCUCCUACACUUCUAGUCAGGGUGGACACUCUGGGCAGGUAGAGGCUGCUCAGAACACCUCCUCAGCCACCCUGGGUCCACUCUCCUCAGCCACCACCUAUACCGUCUCUGUCACCUGUUUCUACUCCGGGGGCAGCUCUUCCACACUGACCGGCCAAGUGACCACUCGGAAGGUCCCCAGCCCGAGCCAGCUGGUGGUGACUGAGAUGCCUGACAAUGCAGUCCAGCUGCAGUGGGCGGCUGCAUCCGGCGUGCUGGUCUACCAGAUCAAGUGGACUCCCCUGGGCGAUGGGAAGGCCCGCGAGCUCUCUGUGCCAGGGAACUUGCGCUCAGCAGUCCUGCCCGGCUUGAGGAGGACGGCAGACUAUGACAUCACCAUCCUGGCCUACUACCGGGACGGGGCCCGCAGUGAUCCUGUGUCCCUCCGAUACACCCCAGCAGUAAACAGGAGCCCCCCCUCCCACCUGGUUUUGGUGUCAGAGAUGCCUAACAGCCUGGAGGUCAGCUGGACACCACCCCACGGCCAGGUCCUCCACUACCGGCUCAGUUACGCGCUGGCCUCUGGCUCAGGACCUGAGAAGUUGAUCUCUGUCCCAGGCCCCAGGAGCCAUGUGACUCUCUAUGACCUGCUGGCGACCACCAAAUACAGGGUCCUGGUGUCAGCCAUCUACGAGGCUGGGGAGAGCGUAUAUGUGUCAGCCACGGGCUGGACAGCCGCCUGUCCCACACUGCGCACCAAUGGCUCCCUCUCAGGAUUUGACCUCAUGGCCGCCUUUGGCUUGGUAGAGAAGGAAUAUGCUUCCCUCCGAGGAGUGGCAAUGGAGCCAUCUGCUCUUGGUGGAGGCAAGACCUUCACUCUCCUCAGGGAUGCCCAGCUGAUGCUCCGGGUCAGUGACAUCCAUCCGGCUGCCCUGCCUCCUGAGCACACCAUUGUCUUCCUCCUGCGCUUGCUGCCUGAGACACCUCGGGAACCUUUCACGCUGUGGCAGAUCCUGACGGAGGACUUUCAGCCUGCCAUGGGCAUCCUGCUGGAUGCUGGCCGGAAGUCCCUGACCUACUUCAACCAGGACCCCAGGGCUGCCCAGCAGGGGGUCACCUUCGACCUGCCAGACAUGAAGAAGAUAUUCUUUGGGAGUUUCCACAAGGUGCACCUGGCUGUGGGCCCCUCCAGAGUCCGCCUGUACGUGGACUGCCGGAAGGUUGCUGAGAGGCCCUUGGGGGAAGUGGCCAGCCCGCCUGCCACUGGCUUCAUCACCCUGGGGAGACUGGCCAAGGCCAGGGGCCCCCGGAGCAGCUCAGCUGUGUUCCAGCUCCAGAGCCUCCAGAUCGUCUGCAGUGACUCCCUGGCAGAGGAGGACAGGUGCUGUGACCUGCCUGCUCUGAGGGACAUCAACACCUGUCCUGUUGCCCCUUCUGCCUGCUCCUGCUCUUCAGAGACCUCUGGCCUCCCUGGCCCCCAAGGACCUCCGGGACUUCCUGGGAGGAAGGGUGCUCCUGGAGAGCCAGGCUUCCCAGGGCCUCAGGGGCCACCAGGGCUCAAAGGAGAAAAGGGGGACCGUGGACUCCCAGGUUCUCAGGGCCCCCCCGGCCACCAGGGUACCCCUGGGAGAUUCGGCCUCCAGGGACCAAAGGGAAUGAGAGGACUGGAGGGGACAGCUGGCCUGCCCGGACCUCCUGGCCCCAGGGGAUUCCAGGGCCUGGCAGGUGCCCGGGGGGCCAGUGGGGAGCAAGGACCCCCUGGGGCUGUGGGACCCACGGGGCUGCCAGGGCCGAAAGGGGAGCGAGGGGAGAAGGGUGAGCCUCAGUCCCUCGCCACCAUCUACCAGCUGGUCAGCCAGGCCUCUCACAUGCUCCAGUUCAACGCCUUCCUCCAUAAGAAUGCCAGGCCCCCGAUGCCCAUCUCUGAAGGCCAGGUGAGGCCGGGGGUGCCCAGGCCCCUCAGUGCACACAGCCAGUCCUGGUUCCCUAAAGAGGGAGCCCGUGAUCACCCUGAGGACAGAGCCCCUCAUCCAGAGGAGGUUGGAGGGUAUCCUGACACAUCCUUCCCCGUCAGUCACCCCUCAGCAGCACCCACCGCAGAGCAGGGGCCAAAGUACCCUCACCCCGGCUUCCAGCCCCACCCACUGCCCCCACCCAAGGAGGGCCAGAGAGCCCCCAUGCUGCUCCUUCUGACCACGCGGCACGCUCCUUCGAUGGAGUCCCUGGAUACUGACCACCCGCACUGGGGUUUAGAGGAGGCGAGCUGCCAGUGGAAGGAGGAGGGGAAGGGGUCCAGAUGA